CGCCUAGUUUCCGUAGAAAGAAGCGCCGGGAAAGAUGGCGGCUUCUGUGGUUUGAAUUCCAGCGGCGCCGCCAGAAUCAGAACAAGAGCUGGGGUGGAGGGGGCGGGGACCGGGGAGCCCGGCGGGUCGCUACCGCGGGGGGAACUAGUGGCGCCGCCGCCACAGACACCAAUGCCGUCACCACCUCUGUAUCCAUGAUGGACUCGGUUUUGGAAGAGGAUGUCACCCUCCCUGGGACGCUCAGCGGCUGCAGUGGCCUUGUUCCUAACGUACCAGAUGACCUGGAUGGCAUCACCCCCAAAGCUGGCUUGGGAAAUAGUGGGCUCCCAAAUGUGUCAGAAGAAACAGUGUCUCCCACCAGAGCACGGAACAUGAAGGACUUUGAAAAUCAAAUCACUGAGUUGAAGAAAGAAAACUUUAACCUAAAGCUUCGCAUCUAUUUCCUUGAGGAAAGAAUGCAACAGGAAUUUCAUGGUCCCACUGAACACAUCUACAAAACUAACAUUGAGCUCAAGGUGGAAGUGGAAAGUCUGAAGCGAGAACUCCAGGAGAGAGAGCGGCUGCUCAUCAAAGCCUCCAAAGCAGUUGAGAGCUUAGCUGAAGCGGGUGGCUCUGAAAUCCAGCGGGUGAAAGAAGAUGCUCGAAAGAAGGUGCAGCAGGUGGAAGAUCUCCUAACCAAAAGAAUACGCGUUUUACAAAAGGAUGUGAAAGCUGCCCAAGCAGAACUGGAAAAGGCCUUUGCAGGGACGGAAACGGAGAAGGCUCUUCGGUUGAGUUUGGAAAGCAAGCUUUCAGAGAUGAAGAAGAUGCACGAGGGGGACUUGGAGAUGGCUCUGGUCCUGGAUGAGAAAGACAGACUGAUUGAGGAGUUGAAGCUGUCUUUGAAGAGCAAAGAAGCUUUAAUUCAGUGCCUUGAAGAAGAGAAGUCUCAGAUGGCAUCUCCUGAUGAGAAUGUGUCAUCUGGAGAGCUCCGAGGACUUUGUGCUGCUCGGAGGGAAGAGAAGGAGAGAGAAACUGAGGCUGCACAAAUGGAACAUCAGAAGGAGAGAAACAGCUUUGAAGAGAGGAUCCAGGCACUUGAGGAGGACCUGAGAGAGAAGGAAAGAGAAAUUUCUACAGAGAAGAAAAAUAGUUUAAAGAGGGAUAAAGCCAUUCAGGGUUUAACCAUGGCAUUAAAAUCAAAGGAAAAAGAGGUUGAAGGACUUAACUCUGAAAUUGAAGAGCUCAGUGCUGCCUUUGCUAAAGCCAGAGAGGCCCUGCAGAAAGCACAGACCCAGGAAUUCCAGGGGUCUGAAGGCUAUGAGGCUGCUCUAUCAGGAAAGGAAGCCCUUUUGGCUGAGCUGCGCUCACAAAACCUCACCAAGAGUACAGAGAACCACAGGCUGCGUAGAAGCAUUAAGAAGAUCACCCAGGAGCUGAGUGACUUGCAGCAGGAGAGGGAGAGACUGGAGAAGGACCUGGAGGAAGCCCAUCGAGAGAAGAGCAAAGGAGACUGCACCAUCCGUGACCUUAGAAAUGAAGUUGAAAAAUUACGCAAUGAAGUGAAUGAAAGAGAGAAGGCAAUGGAAGAUCGUUACAAGAGUCUUUUGAGUGAAAGCAAUAAAAAAUUACACAGUCAAGAGCAAGCGAUCAAACAUCUAACAGAAAGUACUAAUCAAAAGGACUUGCUGCUUCAGAAAUUGAGUGAAAAAGAUUUGGAAGUAAUACAGCAGAACUGCUAUUUAAUGGCUGCAGAGGAUCUCCAGCUCAGGAGUGAAGGCUUAAUAACAGGAAAAUGCUCAUCUCAACAGUCACCAGGCAGCAAAACCAUCUUCUCCAAGGAAAAGAAACAAUCAUCAGACUACGAAGAGCUGAUUCAGGUCUUAAAGAAAGAGCAGGACAUCUAUACCCAUCUGGUCAAAUCUCUGCAGGAAUCAGACAGUAUCAACAACCUGCAGGCUGAGUUAAACAACAUUUUUGUUCUGCGGAAGCAACUGGAGUGGGAUGUGCUGUCUUAUCAGAAUUUGCGAAAGACCUUGGAGGAGCAGAUCGGCGAAAUUCGGAGGCGGGAAGAAGAAUCGUUUUCAUUUUAUAGUGAUCAAACAUCUUAUCUAAGUAUUUGCCUUGAAGAAAACAACCGGUUUCAAGUGGAGCAUUUUUCUCAAGAAGAACUUAAGAAAAAGGUCAGUGACCUCAUACAGCUAGUGAAGGAGCUUUAUACAGACAACCAGCACCUGAAGAAAACCAUUUUUGAUCUCUCCUGCAUGGGUUUCCAGGGAAAUGGGUUUCCAGACAGACUUGAAUCUACAGAAAAAACAGAGCUUCUGGCUAGCAAGGAGGAUGAGGACACAAUCAAAACUGGAGAGGAUGACGAGAAUAAUUUCCUGAGUGACCAGCAUUUGCAGCAGAGUAAUGAGGUUAUGAAAGACCUUUCCAAAGGAGGCUGCAAAAAUGGAUAUUUAAGGCACACGGAGUCUAAGAUUUUAGACUAUGAUGGGGCCAACACACCUGGCUGCCUAGAAGAAGGCGAGUUCAUGAACAUGCUUGCCCCUUUGUUCAAUGAGAAGGCCACGUUGUUACUGGAAUCCAGGCCGGACCUUCUAAAAGUGCUGCAGGAACUGCUUCUGGGACAACUAUCCUUGACAGAGCAGGAAGUUUCUGGAGAACACCUUGAUGGUAAAACUGAGAAGACACCUGAGCAAAAAGGUGAACUUAGAUAUUUUGUCCAAACCAACUCAUUUUCCAAGCCACGUGAUGAACUGAAGUUGUCCUGUGAGGCCCAGCUAGUAAAGGCAGGUGGAGUGCCCAAGGUGGAGCUGACAGACGCCUCAGUGCAAACUGUGGCCACGGAGGGCGACCUGCUCAGAUUCAAGCAUGAAGCAAAGAGAGAGGCUUGGAACGAGCAAUCAACUAACACUGUGCUCAGCACAGAGCAUCGGCCAGAGAACCUGCUCAGGGGGCCUGGGUGGCAGGCCGCUCUCCCUUCUUUCCCUGGUGGGACCAACAGAGAGGCUAAGAAGUCCCGCUUGCCAAUCCUAAUAAAACCAUCCGGGUCAUCAGGAAAUAUGUAUCAUCUCCCUGGUACCCAGGAGGUGGUGGCCCAGCUGCAGAACCAGAUCUUGGAGCUGCAGGGAGAGCUGAAGGAGUUAAAAACUUGUAAUGAGCAACUUCACCAAAAGUUAAUUCUGGCUGAAGCAAUGGAGGACGGGAGACCAACGCCCGACAAAACGUUACUGAAUGCUCAGUCCUCAGUGGGAGAAGCCUACCAGGACAGCCCAGGAGAGCAGAAAGGAAUUAAAACCACAUCUGCCUGGAGAGACAAGGAAAUGGACAGUGAUCAGCAAACAAGCUACGAGAUCGACUCUGAUGUUUGCCCACCUGAUGACCUUGCCAUCUUGCCAUCAUGCAAAGAAAAUCCUGAAGAUGUUCUGAGCCCAACUUCAAUAGCUACUUGUUUGAGUUCCAAGAGUCAGCCUUCUGUUAAAGUCAGUGUGAUGGGGACUGAUCAGUCAGAGAGCAUUGAUACCUCAAAUGAGACAGAAUACUUAAAACAAAAAAUCCAUGACUUGGAAACUGAGCUAGAAGGCUACCAGAAUUUCAUAUUUCAUCUUCAAAAGCACUCCCAGUGCAGCGAGGCCAUUAUUACAGUUUUGUGUGGGACAGAGGGGACCCAGGAUGGCUUGAACAAGCCCAAGGGCGGUUCUGAUGAGGAAGAAAUGACCUUUUCAAGUUUGCACCAAGUGCGAUAUGUAAAACACAUGAAAAUCCUCCAUCCGCUGGCCCCAGAGAUGAUGGAUGGCAGAAUGCCAGAGAACCUCAAACAGCAGCUGGAGGAACAGGAAUACGAGCUGCAGAAGGAGCAGAAUUUGAACAUGGAACUCCUCAGUGAGAUUCAUAAUAUGCAGAAUAAGUUCAGAGAUCUCUCACCUUCCAGAUACGAUUCAUUAGUUCAGUCCCAAGCCAGGGAGCUCUCCCUUCAACGGCAGCAGAUUAAGGAUGGCCAUGGCAUCUGUGUCAUCUCCCGUCAACGCAUGAAUACUAUGAUUAAGGCAUUUGAGGAGUUGCUGCAGGCCAGCGACGUGGAUUGCUGCGUGGCUGAGGGUUUCCAGGAACAGCUGAAUCAAUGUGCUGAGCUGCUGGAGAAAUUGGAAAAGCUAUUUCUCAGCGGAAAAUCAGCUGGAGUGGAAAUGAACACCCACACCCAGAAUGAACUGAUGGAGAGGAUUGAGGAAGACAACUUAACCUCCCAACACGUUCUAACUGAAUCUCCUGAGCCUUCAGCUUCUCAUGCGCUCUCUGAUUAUGAAACAUCUGAAAAGUCCUUCUUCUCACAAGACCAGAAGCAAGAUAAUGAGAUGGAGAAGACUUCAGUUAUGGUGAACAAUUUUUCUCAAGACUUACUAAUGGAACACAUACAGGAAAUUCGAACUUUGAGAAAGCGUUUAGAAGAAUCUAUUAAAACAAAUGAGAAGCUCCGGAAACAGUUGGAACGGCAAGGAUCUGACUUUGAUCAAGGUUCUACAAACAUUUUUGCUUCUGGUUCCGAGCUUCAUAGUUCUCUAACAUCAGAAAUUCAUUUCUUGAGGAAGCAGAACGAGGCCCUCAAUGCAAUGCUCAUUAAAGGAUCCAGAGAUAAACAGAAGGAGAAUGACAAAUUACGAGAGUCCCUCUCCAGGAAGACCGCGAGCCUGGAGCACCUUCAGCAGGAGUAUGCCAGUGUGAAGGAAGAAAAUGAAAGGCUGCAGAAGGAAGGCAGCGAGAAAGAGAGACACAGCCAGGAGCUGAUCCAGGAGGCCCGCCACAGCCGCCAGGAGCUGAGCAGGGUGCAGGAGGAGGUGAAGUUGAGGCAGCAGCUGCUCUCACAGAAUGACAAGCUAUUGCAGUCCCUCCGAGUGGAGCUGAAGGCAUAUGAGAAGCUGGAUGAAGAGCACCGGAGACCGAGAGAGUCGUCGGGAGAAGGCUGGAAGGGGCAGGAUCCUUUCACAGACCUGCACAGCCUCCUGAUGGAGAUCCAGGCUCUGCGGUUGCAACUGGAAAGGAGCAUCCAAACCAACAGCACACUGCAGAGCAGGCUCGAGGAACAGCUGGCGAGGGGGGCGGAGAAGGCACAGGAAGGAGCCCUCACUCUGGCUGCCCAAGCCCUGUCCAUCCCUGAGCUGCCCCUUCAGCCCAACAAACACGAUGGGGACAAAUAUCCCAUGGAAAGUGAUAAUUCAUUUGAUCUGUUUGAUUCCACCCAGGCAGUGACACCAAAAUCAGUUUCAGAGACUCCUCCACUCUCUGGGAAUGACACAGACUCCCUCCCCUGCAACGGUGGCAGCUUGGCAACUAGCACUCCGUGUGUGUCCUGCCUGGUCACUGGCCACCGCCUAUGGGCUGACAAGAGUGGCUGCCAUGUCCUGGGCCUGAUUGAGGACUACGAGGCCCUGCUCAAGCAGAUCGGACAGGGACAGAGGCUCCUUGCCGAAAUGUACAUUCAAAUCCAAGAGACUCCCAGCUCCGAAAGUCAAGAGCUGGGGACAAAGGGUCCACACCUGGUCCCACUUAGCAAGUUUGUCAGCAGUGUGAGCACAGCCAGGCUGACCCUGGAAGAGGCCUACAGGCGGCUGACGCACCUCUGGAGAGUCUCUCUCCCCUCAGAUGGCCAGUGCCCUCUUCACUGUAAGCAGAUUGGAGAAAUGAAGACAGAGAUCACUAAACUACAUAAAAAAUUGUUUGAACAAGAAAAAAAGUUGCAAAACACUGUGAAGCUUUUGCAGCUGAGCAAGCGCCAGGAAAAAGUCAUCUUUGAUCAGUUGGUCGUAACCCACAAAAUCCUUCGGAAGGCCAGAGGAAACCUGGAGCUUAGGCCCAGGGGUGCCCAUCCAGGAACAUGCAGUCCCAGCAGACCAGGCUCCUGAGGAGAACUUUCAGCCAAUAAAGUUUGUGCUUCCCCCACUGAGCUUGCGCUGUCUCUUUCUUCCAAGCGUGGUUCCUAUUUAUUGAGGAAGAAAGAGCUGUCUGGCCAAAGGAAAUCUAUUUUUUCCCUUCGUGUUUUCUCUCUGAAAGUUGGCUUGAGAGUCAUUGUCAGAAAGGUUCAUAUACUCCACAGCCGGGUGGUAAAAAGCCUCAAGCUCUUGCAUGCUGCAUUUCAGAUCUGGGGCAGGCACCGGAGCUGAGGCUGGGCGCCUUGGUGGGCUUCAGGUCUUCCCCUGGGUUGCUUAGUACUCAGCCAGUGCUGCAGUUUGAAGAUUCUCAUUAAAUGAUUCAUUUCAUUUCA